AGCUGGUCCCCCUCACCGAGCACUUCCAGCGCGAAAGGACCGAAACCUACUUCCAAAGUUCUCCUCCUCUUCCCCUGUUCUCGUGGGAAAACGCUGGAGCCGUGGCUUUCGGUUUUUCCUCGGAGUCGGGGGGGAAAUUCUGCCGCGACUUCUCGCGCGCGCGCGUUUACAUGACGGCUUGACGAUCCAGGGUCUUUAAAUUCGAUGGCAGGCGUCGGUCAAAUCGUGAAGCUCGCGACAGAGACGGGUGGAGUUUAGACGCCCACAAAAAAGAAGCAAGAAAAAAGGAAAGCUCUGUUCACGAACCCGGAAGAAACAGAGGGUUGGACUCGGAGCUCCUCUCGUUCUUGCGACAAAGUGCCAUCUGAGAAUAGAUGGCUGAGAGGGAAAGAGUUCACCCAGAUUGCGUGAACGCGUCAAAUCCUUUCCACAGAUGCGUGGAGGAGUGCUACAUAAAGAUCGCAACAUCGAAGGCCCGCAAGAGCAAAAGCUUUUCAGGAUACAAUGUCGGAAAUGACAGUUACCAGGGUUCGAAAAAGAAAACGACUAGGGGGAUGAGUUUCAACAACAAGCAGCCAGUAGAUGCGCCUGAGAAGGCAAGUCUCCAUACCGUCCCCAUAGCCAGUGCUCGGUCAUCUAUUUCGAAGUUAACUUCUCCAAAACGGGCUACUUCUCCAAAACGUGAACUAGAGAGCGAAAUCCCCUUGUCAUCAUCUGUGCCUGUCUCCGGAGAAAUUCAUGCCGAGGACUUCAUUUUCAACAAGGAGAAACUCAGGACCGCUCGUCUCACUAGAGAUGCAGGAAAUGCCACACCAGCUCUUGUUCCCUCUCCAGAUCGUCCCGUUAAAGUGUCAGGUUCAAGUGUUACUGAAAUUACAUCAUUGGAACCGCCAAAAGAGAAGGAAAACAAUCAGCGUCACGUAUCCCCUGAGGCAGUCUCGUCCAUUCCUGUCAAUGGUGCCGAAGAAGGCACUCAACAUAUAGGAUUGCAAGACCAUUCUCUGAGCUCUGGCAUCUCUGAUCCCGACCAUCCGUCUGAAAACAACUGCCAGGAGGAGGUCCACUCGGUUGCAUUGGAUUCUAGAGUUUCCGUCGGGAAGUACCAUGUCAAAGAAAGUGUCUCCUCUACUUUGCGGGCCAUUUUCGACAAGUAUGGGGAUAUAGCAGAGAGUUGUCGCAUGGAAUCGAUCGCCAUGCGUUCUUAUUGCCUCGAGUGCGUCUGCCUCGUGGUUCAUGACCUCCGGUCCUCCUCAACUGCUCAGCUACCGGAUUCUAAGCUCCAGGAAAUGUCAGCAGUCCUUAAGGACUUGGAAUCUUCGCAGAUUAAGGUCGAUUGGUUGCGCCACGUUGUCGAAAGUCUUUCGAAAUAUCGGGAGCUCACCACUCAGCAGGACGGUGUAAAGGUGGAGAAGGCCAAAUGUGAUCUCGUCUUCGAGACUACAAAGAAGAAACUAAAACAUCAUUUGGAAGAUUUGGCAGAGAAAGAACGGGCGGCGGCGGUUGCAAAGGCAGAGGUGGUCGAGACCCAAGACCGCAUACGCCAGAUCGAGCUGGAAUCUUCCAAACUGGAGGAGUCCAUCGCGUCCCUGCAGUCCCAGAUCGAGAGCCAUGGCAUCAGUAGCAUGUUGGAUGAACUGGCGUGAAGGAAACAGAUACGGUAGAGUAACACAGAUAAGGCGGAUGCCGCCAUACUAGGCCGCUCAUGAUAAGAUCAUGGGUGAGAUAUGUAUACUUCAUUGUAACAACAGGGAUUUGAGCCGAACACGAUUUAAACACAAUAAACGCUCGAGUUAGCGCGUCGAAGUCGAGAUUUGGACA